AUGGGAUGGUUCAACGGUCCUUCAAGGUCCUCUUCAGUACGCCGUCGGACUAGUUCCCCGACUCGCAAGUCGAAAUACUCUACCAAGUCAUCAGUGUACUCGUCCAACCACUAUCGAAACUCGGCGCCCUCUAUCUUCAACCUUGGCCGUGGAGGAGGUCGAGCCAGUCCGACUCGAUCGGUCUUCUCCAGCUUCUCCUCUUCAUCACGACGAGCUCGGCCACGCGAGGGCUUUGUACAGCGCCUGAUCCACUCCAUCAAGAAGCUAUUCCGCCAGAUCUGGCGUUACGCCCGCCAGCAUCCCAUGAAGGUAUUCUUGCUGGUGAUAGUGCCGCUUCUUACGAGCGGAGUCCUCCCCAAGCUUCUUGCGAUGGUUGGACUGCGAUUGCCUCACGGAGUGUCCAGUGCUCUCGGUGCCAGCGCUGGUGCUCGUAGAAUGGGAGAGUUUGAGCAUGGGGGAAUGUCGGACAACGUCAACAGCCUGAUGAGUCUGGCUAAGAUGUUCCUCUAG